AUGACCGAAUGUUUAUGGGUAAGCACUGGUGGAAACAUUAACGACAAGUUUGAAUCGGGAAAUGUGGGUCAAGUGGCACCGGGAUGUCAGCUAAAAAUUACGGAUUUGUCUACUGGUGAGCCAUUAGGUGCCAAUCAAGACGGAGAGAUAUGUGUUAGGGGUAACAAUGUGUUUAUGGGUUAUCUGGAUAGCGAUAAUCGUAUAAAUCUGGAGGCCAUCGAUGAGGACGGUUGGUAUAGGACUGGCGAUAUCGGUAACUAUGACCAAAGGGAACGGCUGUUCAUUACGGAUCGGCUGAAAGAAGUGAUUCGUAUAGGUAUUGACAAUCAUUAUGUGAAUAUAAGUCCCGUUGAAAUCGAGAUGUUUGUGUUGACUCAUCCGGCCGUUAGUGAUGUAGUCGUUGUCGGUGUCAACAAUUCAAUGGGUACUCAUUGGCCACGUGCUUAUGUAGUCCGUAAACAACCGGGACAUACAGUUACCGGUGAUGAUAUCGAUAAGUUUGUUGCAGAUACGUUAGCCUAUACUAAGCAAUUGAAAGCCGGUGUUGUGUUUGUCGAUACCAUUCAUCGGACAUACAUUGGGAAAGUCGACCGAAAAUACUAUAGAAAUUUAGUUAUGAAUGAAAUAUUUGAUUUAAAAUAA